AUGGGACAAUCUUUAAGUAAUAAUAGUUUACAAUCAAACUAUAAUAUUGAAGUUGUCAAUAGCAAUCAGACAAUACUACCAGAUUUGAUAUGGAGAUCGAUCAUUGAACUAUUAUCAUAUGAUCAAUGUAGAAAUCACCGACACGAUUUCAAUGUAUUAUCAUUAUCAUUGAUAUCUCAUUAUUGGUUAGUGAAUAUCGUUGCUAAAUCAUCACCUAAAAUCACAACACUUGACAAUAAAUGUAAAUUCUUAAUAAACUAUCCUAAAUCAUUUCAAAGAUCACAAAAGAAAUUAAAUAAUAAUAAUAAUAAUAAUAAAACAACAAUAACUAAUAACAAUGAUAACAAAGAAGAGAACAAGUUUAAUAUUGGCAAACUUACAUUGAAAUUUGGUAGAAAAAACAAUACAAAAAUAAGCAAUUCAGGUCAGUGGUUUGAUAAUUAUAAUAAUGCAUUGGCAACCAAUUGGUCGUUAGAUUCGCUGACUUUUGUAGACUCACCAUACUCACUGCCCCUGAUUAAACUCUCGGUUGCACGUCAACUCCGCAAGCUAAGAGUCUACAGCGCUGACCUGCAUAAUCCAAUCAUCUGGUCGGAAUUCCCCAAGCUCGAAAAAAUGAUCGAUGCUUCUGUCUCGCAUCCCGGUGAAGAACCGCAGUCUUUCCUAGCGGGACUGACCAAUCUCAGACAUCUCUCCAUAACCAACGAGAAUCGCUCUGACGAUCGAGACAGAGAACUGAACAUUCUGCUCAUGAUGGAAUAUACGAUGAGCGAGAAUAUCACUUCAAAGGUGUUCAUGAAGGAUAUCACAUCGAUCGGUCACCAACUGGAAACCAUCAAACUGAAAGGUAAAUAUACUUUGACGUGUCAGUUGUUUUCGGUGAUUGGACAACUUGUCAAUCUGAAGCGAUUGUCGCUGACCGAAGCACUGGAUGUCGGUCAUGUCAAUCAGUUGGUGAAGCUGACCGACUUGGUCAGACUCUCUGCCAAGUUCAACGAGCAUCGAUCAGACGAGAAUGCAUUGCACCACUUCCUCAGGAACAAUCAGAGUGUCAGACAUUUGAAAGUUCGUGAACUCACGGAUAUCGGUAAGCGUGACAGACAAACACUGCUGAUUGAUCUACUCGAACAAGCCAGUCCGAUACUUGAAGAAGUCCGACUCAUCAUCGAUCAAUCUCUCAAGAGCACAGCACCUCCUACCAGCUACUCCAACAUCAAUCAAACAGUGACAUUCAUUACCGACAGUCAACAACAACAACAAAAACAACCAAAACAAAAAACAAUCCUAUGA